UCUCUGUCACACACACACACACACACACACACACUCGUAUGUCUCUCCGAUGGCUCUGGUGUUUCUCCGGUGGGUCUCCAGGCUCCUGAUGGUCCUGAUCGUGAUUCAGGGUGUGUGUGUGAUGUUUUAUUACACACGGGACACACACUCCUCAAGAGACGGGACGACGGAGUCUCUUCAGCUGCUGCGCUGCAAUAAACUCAGAAGCAAGUUUUCUGUCAUCAAAGCGGCCAAAAGUAUAAAACUGGAGAGUUUCACUCAGGAUCUGUCAGAUUUCAUGAGCUGUCCGUACGAAUCCAACACGAGCCAGCGAGAGCUCUACAGAGCGAAGCUGCAGGUCUGCUGUAACGCCACAGGAACGUUAUUCCUCACCAAACGAAACACGGCCAUCAAUCAGACCGUCCCGUACGAGAAGAGCACGACAAAGACAUACACGAUGACUGAAGCCAUUCACAGCAUGCUCCCUGAGGAUCUCCCCUGGAGUGCUCGUGGUCUGGGUCGGUGUGCUGUGGUCGGCAGCGGUGGGAUUCUGAAGAACAGCAGCUGUGGACGUGAGAUUGACAGCGCAGACUUCGUCAUACGGUUUAAUUUGGCUUCUAUUAAUGACAGUGAUGUUGGGCUGAAGACGGACCUGGUGACCAUCAACCCCAGUCAGAUUCGAUACAAAAACCUGGAGCGGAAUCCGGAUCCGUUGGUGGAGCGGGUUAGUGUGUACGGAAACGCUUUUCUCGUUAUGCCCGCCUUUGCCUACACCUUCUGCACUAGACAGUCAAUCAAAACUCUAAGAGUCCUCCAUCCAAUCAGACCUCAGCAGCCGUUGGUGUUCUUCAGCCCCAUUUACCUACGAACACUGGACCGUUUCUGGAAGGGGCGUGGCCUGAAGUCGAUCCGCCUCUCCACUGGGUUUAUGCUAAUUAGCACGGCGCUGGAACUGUGUGAGAACGUGCAUGUUUACGGAUUCUGGCCGUUUGGAACAGACCUGCAGAACAAUUCUGUUCCAUAUCAUUAUUACGACGAGUUGAAGCCACACCGUUACAUGCACAAAAUGCCGGACGAGUUUGUUCGUCUUCUGCAGCUGCACAGCCAGGGGGCGCUCACACUGCACCUGCAGCCCUGCAAGGACCUGUGAUCUCAUCUGUCUGUGACUAUCCUUCUAUUUAUAUGAGACUGCAUAAAAGACCUUUUUGCUUUUCAGUAGCUUUUAGGACACACCGAAAGAGAAAAAAAAACACUGUGCCAGGUGUUGAUUUUAAAAGUAAGCACAUUUUAAUCUCCAAUCCUUCUUCUUCAAUCCUUCUUCACUUCAUAGUUAAAAAUAUAAAUGUGCUUUUCCAAGUAAAGACCUCCAAAUAACGUUUAAAGUUACGUUCUGCUACGUAGCCUAACAUUCAGAGUAUGGGGAAAGUAUGUCUCUGCAUCAACUGAAUGAUCGUUAUUUUAUUUUAUUUUUUAUUCCCACUAAAUGGUACUUAAAAUUCCCACCCAUGUGACACUACUUCAAUAAUAGACCAUGCAAAAUACGUUUAAGUAUUGCCAAGUACAUUGCAAACAAUAGUUAAAUCAGAUAAAGACUUUAAUCAUAAGCAAUAUAAGCAUACAUACAUGCAGUACAUUUUUCAUAAUGUUUGUUGUUAUUUAAAAUUUUACAUACAUUUUAUAAACAUUUUUAACACUUAGGCAUGUUGACAAUAAUCUUCAACAUUGUCUAUAACCAAAUAUUUUCAGUGGACUUUUAAAAUUUGCUUUCCUUAAACAACGUAAAAAUGAUACAGUUACAUGUUGUUGUUUUUAUUUUUAAUUUACUUUAUUCACGUUUUGCGUCAAACACAAUGUACUUUUAGUAGUCGAGAUCUGGCAGCUGUGGAGAAAACACUUGGCCUACUGCAAAUGAUGCAAAUAUACAGAGAAUUACCAAUUAUUUUUCAAAUAAAUCAUUCCCAGCACUUUAUUAAGCUUUAAGUUAUAUCUUUAAAUGACAAGGGAUGAACUUGUGGGUUUGCAGAUAUUAAUUACAUUUAUAAUUGAGGGCACAUUAUAAAGUUAAAUUGUUUUAAAUAAUGUAAAAAUACAAAACAAAGUGGCAUCUUUAUCAUUUCAGGUCUGAAGGAUGUUGUUUUGUCAUAUUUCACUAGAUUUUGUCACCUAACUAGGCUACUUGGGAGAUCUGAAACAUGGAUAUAUAUUUCCUCAUGUGAUUGUAUUCAAUUUUGGGAUCCAUUUUGUUUGUUAUGGAAUAUGUUUUUAAACAUGUAAUGUCUUGGGUUAGGCUAUGUAUAUGGACAAACUUUUAAAAUAAAGCUCAGCUGAACAAAUACAUACAGUGUUUGUGUGGCUCACAGAUCUUUCUCUGACCUGUUUCUUAGACUUUGACUGUGGUGAACAAAUACACAGUUUAUAAGUAGUUUCAUAUUGUAACUAUUGACUCUAGUACCUUUAAGUUGAGUGUUUUAGUAGUUAAUGCUGAAAUGGUGGUGAUGUAAAGUAAAGCAACUCACGUCAUCUGUCCAUCUUUAUUUUCUAAUGCUUAAUUUAGAAAUUUAAUUCAUCGGAAGAGUGCAUGGUCGGCCAGCAAUGGAAGGAAAGAAGGUAAUGUAAAAGAAUUUACUUCAAAUAAGCAGUGAUUUCAUCCUAUUCUUUCUCUGAAUCACAGACUGUAACCCCAGUCACAACUCCACCAGUGUCCAGAGUGAGUAAAAAUGUUAUUUCUGAAUUUUCAAACUGUCCAUUUUGUUAUUUUGUAUGUUUCUGGUGUUGGGGUAAAUGGUGGGUUUUUAAACCUUUAAACCACUCAAACUGCUGCCUACUUCAUGUCUGCAUUUACAAAUUCAACUUCUUGUUACAAAUAUGAUAGAACCAUCACUUCUCGGGAUAUCUGAAAGGAAAAAACAACUAGAGGUAUUUCGUAUUGCAUGGAGGGAAAGUACUUUCACAAAAAACUUGUGAAGCGUGAAAAGCAACGGUCCUAGUACAGAGCCUUGUAGGACACCAUACUUCAAUCGCUGCUACGGAUUGAUCAGAAUCAGAAAAGGCUUUAUUUGCCAGCUUGAAGGUUUUUGGGACAUAUUCUAAUGAUAAAGAUGAAUUAAUAGUAUUUAGAAGAGGAUCUAUGACUUCUGGAAGCACCUCUUUUAGAAGUUUGGAUUGUAUUUGGUGUAAUAUAUCUGCUGGUUUAUGAUUUGACAAGUUUGUGUUUCCUCUUCUAUAGAUGAGAAUGAGUUGAAUUGUUUUGAUUUAAUGACUAAACCCACCAGUAGAUGCUUGUCACUUGUAACAAAUCACUUUGUUAUUAUUUGAGUAUUUUAUUCUUUUUUCCCAAAUGGUCAUAUUUUUAAUUAUUGUAAUAAUUCAUUACUCAUUAUAAAUUGCAAAAUGUUACAAUCUAUAAAAAGAUAAUAAUUUGUGUAAAAAGUGACUUAAAUCAUGAUUUCUUGCUGUCUGAAUUAGAAUUAAAUCAUUCUUUAUUUCAGACUCGUAAGUCCAUAUGCAAACUUUUAUAUCCAAAAAACCUGUGCAAGCUGAAUCUUGCAGAAUAAAAUAAUUUAGCAUCAUUUGUUCUCAUCAACGUUUAUGAGCCAACUCUAUACACAUCUUAGUGUGAUUAAUUCCAUCAAACGCAUCUGAAACAACACAUAAAUACUGUAGAAUUGUGCAUAUUAUAUAUUUAUUUCUAUAAAACGAUGCAU